AUGUCUUAUAACAAGCCCACAAGCCCACCCCCCUCAUACCCCCCGCCCGUCCACGACGCCGGCCCCUAUUACUCAAAUUCACCAGCACCACAAGGCGGCCCAAGCCCCGGAGCCGCACAGGAUUACUACGGCGGCGGCGGCCCGCCGCAGCAGGGAGGAUACUAUCCCCAGCAAGGGUAUGGCCCACCGCAGCAGCAGGGCUAUUACCCGCAAGGCCAGCCGAUGUAUUACCCGCCACAACAACAGGGCUAUCCUGCCCAGCAGGGAUACUAUGCCAAUGAUCGCGGGAACUCGGGCGGCGCGGCUGGUGGGCUUUGUGCGGGUAUCAUGGCUGCGCUGGCUUGUUGCUGCUGCUUGGAUAUUCUGUUUUAA